CGUAAGGUGUAACUGGACUGAAUGUCCUUGGACGCAGACGGGCCACACGCGUGUUCUGCUCUUCUUGUUUACGACUUUCCGCAGAAGCAUUGAUGAUGCUGGACCGCCUGCGUAAACCGUCAGCGAGUCGCAGCGUGUGGCCCGACCGCCCGGCAGGACCCGAGUCCAACAGCAACAGCCACCGGGCCCAGACAGAAACAUCCGCGCCACCCGCCUGGCAGCAGCAGCUCGGCCUCCGCUCAGUCGCCAGACCGUCCGUCAGGGCCCAGAGGAGGAGUUUCACAGACGGAGGAACCAGAGAGUUAAACGCUGAUUACAACACAAUGAUGCUCUGAAGGAAGACGUGGAGGCUAUUUGUCCGUUCACCUGAGGCGUGAACGGGGACAAUCUAGUUAUUGAAAAGGUCAAAGCUGAUGAGGACUCCUCCGUCUGUGCAGUUUGACAUUCUUUGACUCUAACUAGAAAUAAUUCAAGAAUCCGGCAGAACUGUUGGCCGCUCACGAGGCCGCCGCCGCUGCUGAUCGGAGGCGCCCGGCGGAGACGCGGGACGUUCCAGCGUCGAGUAAACGGCCGGGCGGUAAUUUAUACUCGCAGCGAAUCCGGCUGAGCCAAAAACAACGUAUUACUAUGGCAACAAUUCAAACUGGCCUAAAUAAAACGGUGGGUGGAACCGGACUGUUCAGCACCAAAUGCUGGAGAAUUAAACCAAAACAUGUUUGCGUGUCAACCUUCUGCCUGCUGCCGAUUACACACCAGGGGCCUGUAGGACAUGUGUCGACUCAAACGCAGAGCUCAGACAAGAGCAGGAUUAUUAUUUUUCAUCUCGCACAUGUCCAGAUGUUCUUUCAUUCCUAUCCAGACUUACGCUCGCUUUUUUAUAGCGUCUGAGGGAGCCGUGAAAGUCGCUGGAGCAAAAUGAAAGCCAUCGGCGUGUUCCACGGACCCGGUCGUCCGCAUCUCUAAUCCACCCGAAUCCCAACACAUCUCAAACCAGAUGUGUGGAACGAGGUCACCCCCCACCGCUCCAAGGGACUGUGUGAUAUUUCAGGAAGCAGGAAGGAGUCUGUUUUCCACUGUGACCUCCCAGGUAGGGUCUGUGUAGAGGUCAAAAGGUCACCACCCACUGUCAGUGAAGACCGGACUCCCCGUCACAGAAAGAAGAGUGUGACGUGGGCAGAAGUGCUCAGCGUGUGAGGAAACGACUUAACUAUGAGCACGGACCUCCACAUUCCGACAAAGAGCCCUCUCACGUGUGACGUCCACCGACGGGAUCUCACACUUCCUCCGACGCUCCGGCCGAGUCCUCGGACAUUCCUGCUCGCUUGUUGUCAUGGUGCCAGCAGAACAGCCCCGCUAUAUAAGGUCCUCCCCUCCUGGGUCCCGGCGCACGGCGCACGGCGCUCCCACCUCGGCUCCUCUCAUCCGCACUGAGCACAACUUUCCCGACUGCAGAGAGUUCCCAUUCUAUCUGGAGGAUGUCCCCUUUAUUCACCUUUGUCUUGGCAUCACAGGUGUUCGCGUUGGCGUGGUCCCAGGUGUGUCCCCGGAGGUGCCAGUGCCCCAAGGAGCCGCCCAUGUGCCCCCCCGGGGUGCCCCUGAUCCUGGACGACUGCGUGUGCUGCCUGGUGUGCGCGCGGCAGGAAGGGCAGCUCUGCUCCGACCUGAACCCCUGCGACGCGCGGCGCGGUCUGCAGUGCGACUACUCCGUGGACGCGCACGGGAGGACGGGCGUCUGCGCCGCUCGGCGCGGCGGCGCGUGCGUCCUGGACGGCUCCGUGUACCGCAGCGGCCAGACCUUCUUCCCCAGCUGCAAGUACCAGUGCGCGUGCCGCGACGGGCAGGUGGCGUGCGUGCCGCGCUGCCACGUGGACGUGAUGCUGCCCGGGCCCGACUGCCCCGCGCCCCGCAGGGUCCAGGCGCCCGGCGAGUGCUGCGAGAGGUGGGUGUGCGAGGCGCCGGCGGAGGCCAGCGCCCUGGGAGGCGUCGCCAUGGCCGCCUACCGGCAGGAGGAGACGGUGCGGUUCGGCGGCUGGGACCCGAGCCUGAACUGCAUCGAGCAGACCACCGAGUGGGGAGCGUGCUCCCAGACCUGCGGCGUGGGGGUCUCCACGCGGGUCACCAACAAGAACCGCCAGUGCGAGCUGGUCAAGCAGAGUCGCCUGUGCGUGAUCAGACCCUGUGACGAGCGGCGGGACCGCACUCAGCCGGCGCCGCUGGCACCGAAGAGAGGCGGCAGGUGCCAGCGCACGCUGCGGAGCGAGGCGGCCGUGCACCUCUCCUACAGGAACUGCAGCAGCGCGCAGGCCUACCGGCCGCGCUACUGCGGCGCCUGCGUGGACGGCCGCUGCUGCACCCCCCACCGCACCAAGACCGCCCUGGUGGACUUCCAGUGCGCCGACGGCAGAAGCAGCCGCAGGCCGGUGAUGGUGAUCGUCAGCUGCGUGUGCCACAGCCACUGCCCGCGGGACGGCGGCGCGUGGGAGCCGCCCGAGCCGGGCCACGGCAGCGUGAGGUUGUAGGUCAGAGGUCAGAGGUCAGACGCAGGCCGGAGCGGGUGAGGGUCUCUUAUCAGGCCUAAAAUCCUGCUUCAAGGGUCACAUAGAGAGAGCGGAGUGAGCUGGAGAGUGAUUUUAUCAUGAAACAUCCUGUGGACAAAAUGGUGCCAUGUUCCCUGUUGCUAAGUAAAGCACUUAAUCCUUGUGACGCAGCCGUUUCCUUGGAGUCAGAGGGAAGAUGCAUUUGAAUCAGUCUGAUCAUACAAAUGCAUGAAGUAUCAUUUGGUGAGAGGUUUGACAGCGUAGCCAGCGGCUUGAAUUAUAACCCUUCAUUUUAAAACAGAGUCCGUCAUGGUCUCAUUACAAUAAUGAACAGGAGCAGCAGGGACUCGAGGGACCGUAGGAGCUGUUACGUCUCUGCAGUGAGAAUGUUCCAACUAUGAGACACAUUUUUGAAAUAGCUCCACCGUGUGCUUUGACCUGGUCCGUGAUCAAGGGCUUAACCUACUGUAUGAAACGAGUGAGUGGGGGCUCAGUGUUAAUUCCAACGUCUGCAUGAACCCCUCAUAUGUAUCAUGUUGAUUAUCAAGCUGAUUUCAAAGGUUUGGUUUACGGUUUAGGAAGAAUAAGUCCUGCUUUUCCUUGAAGGCAGUGACCAACUUUUCUGUGGACAAAGGUUUUGUAAAUACUUGCUGUAAAGAUUCUUUGACUGAGUGUGUAUUUAAUACACAGCAUUAACAUACAACAACGUCAGCAUGAACUGAACUGUAUAUAUUGCUUUGUUGUUUUUCUACUACAGUAUUUGUACUUAACCAUACGUCCCAUUGCUUUCCCUGUACUUGUCUGAGCUACGCUGUUUUUUGGUAUUAAAGUCAAAUUCCUUUU